AUGACAAAUUUAUCCAAUUUAUCUAAUUUAUCUCGACCGUUACCAUUAUUUCAUCCAAAAACAUCAUUUAAACAAAAACGUAACUUCUUUAAUUUUUCGGAUAUUAUGUCAUCCAAGAAAUCUUAUACUGGAAAUAAAAUAGUUGGGUAUACACAAAAACAACUUUUUGAUGUUGUAUCAAAUGUGGAUGACUAUUACAAUUUUAUUCCAUUCUGUAUUAAUUCGGAAGUUUUAAAAACACAAUAUGUUGAUCAAAGAACGAAAAUACUUACAGCUGCUUUAGGAGUACAAUUUAUAGGAUAUUCAGAAACCUAUGUGUCAGAAGUUACAUGUAAAAGGCCAAGUUAUGUUCAGGCAGUAGCAUCAGCAGAUUCAUUAUUUAAUCAUUUAACUACACUUUGGCAAUUUAUACCAGAUCAAAAAUUACCACCAACCCAUUGUCAUUUAGAUUUUUAUAUAGAAUUUGAAUUUUCAUCACCACUUUAUGCACAAGUAUCUAAUAUGUUUACAGAACAAAUUAAUGAAAUAAUGGUUACAGCAUUUGAAAAAAGAUGUGAAGAAAUAUAUGGUCCACCUGCACAUGAUCCACAAAUAGUUGAUGAUAAUUAA